CUACUCUGAACCAGAAAAACAAGACAUUCAACAACAAAGCUACGUCACAAUGACAGUUGCAGCAUCAGAUUUUGUCAAACAGACGGGUACUUCCUCUUUCUGUGUUUACAACGCACAGUUCACACACUUCACACUGCUCUCUACCUCUCACCUGGACCUCUGGAUCACCUCAGAUCAGUGCAGUUUAGUUAUGGUGGAAAAGGAUGGUUGUAAUUCUUGUUUGAUAUCAAUCAGGGUUCUGCGAGUUUCCCUGGUGGAUGAACUAGAAGGACGGAUUGACUCUCUGCUAGAGAUUUUAGUAAGUCGGGAAGUGUUCACUCGUGAUGACCGUGAGGAGGUAUUGUGUCAGUUGGGGCCGCGGGCAAGAGUGAGGAAAGUGUUGGACAUCUUGGAGUGUAAAGGCGAGGAGGCAGCCAAGAUUUUUCUCUCCAUUAGCAGUCAUCAUCAGCAAGAGGCACAGACACACUCCAAAGAAGUCAAUACAGAUCAGCCUCAGUCCAUAGAGUACAAUAAAGUCAAACAAAAGCAUAAAGACAUCCUCAGGCGCAGGAGUGAGAGCAUGCUCUUCUACAACACUCGACACGGAGAGAAAAUACUUUUUUCAGAACAUUAUGUCAAUCUCCUGUUAGCCGAUGGACACCAGGGCUUGGAAAUAAAAAGGCAUGAGGUUCUGACGUUUGGACAAAAGCGACUAUCUAUGCAGCAGAAGUCGGCUGUGCACAGGAAGAUUGCACCAACCGAACUCUUUUCAAACACAAAGGGAAACCAUCCGGUCAAGAAAGUUUUGGUUACAGGGGUGGCUGGUAUUGGAAAAACCAUCCUGGUGCAGAAGAUACUGUUUGAUUUUGGUGGAAACAAGAACCAUCUUGCAUUUGACUUCAUCAUCCACAUGACCUUCAGAGACCUGAAUCUGAUCGACAAACCCACAAACUUCCGGGAGUUGGUCUUGCGAAAAAACAGGCACCUUGCUAAGACACUGGAUAACAUUUUAGAGAAUGACAACAAACUGCUGAUUAUCUUGGAUGGUUUUGAUGAGUUCAGACACUAUAGGAGCUGUGAUGUAGACGUUUUCGUGACCGAGCCUGAUGAAGAGGCAGAGGUGGUGGAGGUCUUAGGGAGUCUGAUGCAGGGUGAACUGUUGCCCAACGCUUCCGUCAUGCUCACAAGUCGACCUGCAGCUAUCAACCACAUCCCUGUGGGCUACAUCGACCGCUUUGUACUAAUCGCUGGCUUCUCCUUGGAUGAAGUUCAAGACUUCUUCCUACGUUAUUUCCAAGACAGUGCCCUCGCUGACCAAAUGUUUGCAGUGGUAUCAGCAAAUGAACUCAUGCUAACACUGUGCUACAUACCUGCAUUUUGCUAUAUUGUGUGCUGUAUCCUCAAAGAAAGCAGAGAUCUCUGUGGAGAGAGCCCCAAGACCAUGACGGACAUUUAUGUGCAGUAUCUGGUGGCUUUGAUUCGCUCUCACACUCAGUCAAGAGCCGAAACAUUUCUUCAAGAGCAAAGAGCAGGGGGCAUACGGCAGCUGUCUGAUAUAGUGCUGAAGUUGGGUCGACUCGCCUUCCAAAAGUUGAUGGAACAUCAAACACUAUUCUAUAGCAGUGACCAAGAUGUUGCAGCAUUGGAGGGAUGCAGUCUUGUCAGUACCUUCCUUGACAAGACGGUAGUACAAGAGCCUGGCUGCACUGAAGAGGUUUACUCCUUUGCACACCUUACUGUUCAAGAGUUCUUUGCUGCAGUUUAUUGUGCAGCGACAGAUCACCCUUUACCUGAUGCAGUCACACACACUGCAGGUCCUGUAGAGAGGACAAACAACGGACAUUUAGACCUUUUCAACCGCUUCCUGUCUGGAAUCCUCUCUGAGCGCAACGCUAAUCUCCUGUCAAGGCACUUAGGGCUGUGUUAUGACAAAGAAAAAGUGAAAACCCAUCGCUGGAGGAUCAUCAGAGAAGUUACAGUGCUCUGUGACAAUGGGACCCAUAUCCUGAAUCAUUUACACUGCCUGUUUGAGCAGCAGGACCCCUCAUUAGCCCUUGAACUGCAACCAAAGCUGCUACGAGUUAAUGUCAGUGAUGAAACACUUUCCCAAAUGGAUUACAAUGCCAUCAAGUACUUCCUAGACCUUACAAAAGGCGAUAUAUCAGAGCUGGAUCUGACAGGAACUGGAAUAAGAUGUGAGGCACUUAGAGAUAUUCAGCCCCUGCUUCUUAGAUGUAAGAAUCUUUGGCUUGGAGAAAACAACCUCGAUAUGGAUGCAGUUCAAGUCAUUGCUGACGUGCUACAAGAGUCAGACAGUAUAACCCACCUAGGAAUUGGAUGGUCAAAUGUUGGUGACGAUGAACUACUGGUUCUUUCUAGGGCCAUACGGAUAAAAAAAAAGCUUGAAGAAUUGUGGAUGGAGGGGAACCGGGUGAGUUCCAGAGGUCUGCUCUCACUUAGUGGCUUGACCCCAAAUCCUCUGAAAAAAGUUGUUGCAAUCUGGAAUGACCUGAAUGACACAGAGUCCCGGUGCACCCAAGAAAACAUUACUGUUAACUUCACAGAUGAUGAUAUGUGGGAGGCGUGGGGGGAAUGGGUCUUUGGACGGUGUGAAGUCAGCAGCAACGAGAAGCUAGUGAUGGUACUUCAUAAAGUGUGCAAUGUAUCAGUCCACUGCUUAGAAGCCCAGUGGGCAAGGACCUUCUACAAGAAAUUAUCACAGCUCAUCAAGCACAGGAUUGAGUUCUGCACUGAGGAUGACAUAUGCAAGAAACUCAAAAAGUUUGAGAGCAUCUUGGACCUCUGACAGACAGACGUCUACACUCACCUUAAGUUGUAAGAUAAUACAUACAGAUUAAUGUCUGUUAGAUGCUGAAUGCUUUGAGGGGCAAAAUAUGAAAGAACAAUAUAGGGUAGCUGCCAUUAAAGCAUGACAAAUGUAGAACUAUUCAUCUUCAUGGUUGAAAAUAGUAUCACUCCCUGCCCCUGAGAAAAAAAGAUUUCUUAUAAAAAGCUGGCAUGCAUAUUGUGCAACUAAUGUAACUGAACACACUUAAUGCUACCACUGACAAAGUACCUAUGGCUAUAGGGGAUCACAUUAAUACAUACCUGUAAAUUCUGUACAUUUUUUCAAUCUCCAAAGGAGACAUCACGAACAGCAGAAAAAGCUCGGCAAGUCAGUAUUUCUGCUAGCUGCGUAUUUAGAAAAAGGCCAAAAUCAACAUUGGCCCGUACGGGGAUCGAACCCGCGACCUUGGCGUUAUUAGCACCACGCUCUAACCAACUGAGCUAACCGGCCAUAGUGAGCUGCGUCAUUCUAGCACUUUUUUAAAUCAUGUACACAAACUGUCUUCGGUAUUAUUUUACUUAUGCCCAAAGCACCUUUCGUGUUACGACCGGUUUCUGUUUACUCUCCCUCCUGACACACAGAUAACACAGAACGUCAAAAAAGAGAAUACACAGUUAAAAAAAACGAGAUGUUGAAGCAAAUAUCAAACUAGUAA